AGGGGGCGGGGCAAAGGGGAAAAAAGAAAUCAUGAAGCGGUUGGAGAAGUUGCCGGCUGAGGAGACGUUGAAGUUCCUCCAUAAAGUAGUUGAUAGUGUGUGUGGCCGUGCAUAUCCUCGCUACCAAGACUACAACACUGUUUGGAAUUUGACAGAAUGGAUGGAAGUUUUAGAACAAGCUGCCACAUAUUUUAAAUGCACAGUUGGCGCAGAUCUCUCUGAUGAAGAGGCUCUUCAGCAGUUGAGUGAGCUGAGUUCCGAUUCUCAAAAAGCAGUAGUGACUUGCUUGAAAGCUAGAAAGCCCGAUAUCAGGCAUGCACUGAUUGAGAGAACCAAUGCCAUCUCUUCUGCACAGCUCCAGGAUUUUGACUGGCAGCUAAAGCUUGCCCUGUCUAGUGAUAAGCUCUCCAUGUUGCAAAUGCCACUUCUGAAUCUUGACCUGGAUGUGUCAGAGAAUGGUGACAUGAAGCAGUACUCUAUAGAAAUGAAUAAGGAGGAACUACAAAACCUGCUCAGUGCAUUGGAAGCCGCUAAUAAAGUUGUCCUGCAGCUGAAAUGAUUUGAACUGUUUGGAAUGCCUUGUCGGUGGUGAAGAAAUCUGCCCGUAUUCCACAAAUUGAAGUCUAUACAGAAAAGUGACGGGAGACCAAGAACUCUAUCAGACUCCUGCUGAGAGUCUCACUCCUGAUCUACACUGAACAAGAAUAAACAAAAAAUGCAUUAUAGCUAAUUUAUGGCCAAUGAAAAGGAACACAGCUUUGAUACUCUGCUGCAGCAUCUCUAAGAAGUCACCAGUGCCAAGUUUAAAAGCCGUUGGAGACCCUGGAGAUACAUUGACCUUUGUCUUCUUGUGCCACUAGCAAGCAGAGGCAAGUUACCUCCUAAGUGUGAACAUUCCUUGUCUGCUUUGCUCAACAUUCAUGGAUCAGUGCUGGACAACAGUUUUCAUAGACCAAGUCAAUAAACUUCAUAGGAAAUGUGUUUCUCUGCCAAGAGUAAGCUCUUGUGCUAGAUGCUAUGAAAUAUGUUUUCAGUUAAUUGUGUCAGGUUGAAAAUGGCAAACUAGAGGGGGGUCCCACAGCCAAGCAGACUUGACAACCACAAAGUGGGCCUUCACAUGGGGGGGGGGGUUGACCACUGUAAGAAUAAACAAACAGUUGUCUUUAUAGCAAUGACGAGCUUGAAACCAUCAGAAGUUUAAAGAUGAGUAAAAUGCCUACUGAAUCGAACAUAAUAAAUUAGUCAAAGCUUGUGUGUGCACAUCAUAUUAAAAAAAAACAUAUUCUGCCAUCACCAUUAGACAGUUAUAAGCAUUCCACCUCUUUUUGCCUUGUGACUGGCCUCUCUGCAUUUGCCUUUACCUGUGUGGAAGGUGGGUUGUUUUUUAGCAAUGUGAGAGUGUCUCAUGGAUUGUGAAGGAGAAGCAAAAUUGUCCUUAGAGAGCUGAAGCCCACAUAACU